AUGAGGUUUAGACUCAUAAAAUAUUUUAAUAAUUUAAAAAACUAGAACUUUAUAAGAGUGAAUUUUGCUCAUCAUCAAGGAAUUAUCUCUGAAAACGAAAGACUAUUAAAGACUUUUGAAGGAUAUAGCAUGCUUCUUGUUGAAAAACAACAUUCAAUUGCUCAAAAAGAUUAGAUUAUCACUCUAAAAGACUAGUUUAUUGAACAGAUUGUUGCUGAAAAUAAACGGAAUCUUGCUCAGAAUUUACAGAAUCUUGCUGAAUAUUAUAAGAUUCUUGCUGAAAAUAAACAAAUUUUUGUUGAAAAAGACUAGUAUAUUUAACAGAUUGUUGUUGAAAAAGACAAGAUGUAAGAAGAACUCCAAUAACUGAGUAAUUUGAUUGCUUAGUAAAAAUCAUAAAUGAUGCUUAAAAUAAUGAUUAGAAUAACCAAAUAGUUAUUUUUUUGGAAAUUAAGCAUCAAAAUCUAAAAAUUGAAGAUAAGGGGAAUAAAAACUCGAUUUAGAACUAAUAAAAAAAAUUAUAAUUAUUGA